AUGAGUCUGUGGACGUACGCACUUCGGCGUGUGCGUGAUGCCUUCAGGGCCAACAGGACAGUGGAGGAUUCAGCAGAGGUGGAGCGGCUGAUGGAGGAGGGGCGGCAGAUGUUGGCGUUGAUACAGAGACAGGUGUGA